AUGGGGCUGUGGGGCAGCCGCACUCCCGCCGCGCUUUGGUCAGGGGAGCGGGGCCAUGGAAGACCCCGGAGCAGACUGCAGCCAGGGCUGAGCAAGGCAGUUUCUGUGGGCAGUUUCUUUGGAGGAAACACAAUGGAAAGGCGCAGUGGAAGACUGGCCAGCCUUCAAAAGCAGAAGCCCAAUAUAUACCGAGAAACAGGGGUGAGGAGGGUUUUCAAAAGACCGUACAGGAGUAAGCACUCUUCUAGUGUCACACGAUUGAAACGACACUGCAGCCCUGAGCAGGACCGUUGUCCACACAGCGACAGAGAUGCAGAAGACUCAACAGAGCAGCAUACCUGCAGUACAGAGCUGCAUGAAGGAAGCAGCUGCUCCAGCAAAUGUCUUCCUGAAACCAGCACAUUGGUAGACACCACCAACAAUUCCCAUGUGUUGCACAACCAAGGGCAUAUCCCGUUAGAGGAGCAGUCCAGGCGAGUGAUGAAGAUGGUUGCUUUUCCGGCAAUAAUAUUCCUGUUGGGCAUCUUUUCGGCAUUUGUGCAUGGUUUUCGCUUGCCUUCUGGGACCUGCAAGCAGCAGAUGCAGUUGAACCUCAGACACCAGAAUGAGAUUCUUCAGCAACACCUUCAGCGGGAAAUUGAUGACUUUCGAGGGCAGAUUGCUGAGCUGCAGAUUCAAGUAGAGACUCUAGCAAAGACGCAUGGACAGCAGCGUUGGAGGACAAAGAAACAUCCAGUAGAGUCAGUGGACAGUUGGGUACAGGGCAACAGUGACUGCAUCCAGAGGGAGGACUUUGCUCUGAAAUCAUUGGGUGCCUCUGUUGUGAAAUACAGUGAAAGCUACAAGACAGGUGCGCAUAUCUGUAUAUUUGGACUCUGCUGGGAAUAUUCACGAUCUCCAGAUGUGAUUUUACAGCGGGAUAACACUCCAGGGAACUGCUGGGCUCUGCGUGGAUCUCGUGGCUAUGUCGUGGUGAAAUUAUCCAGAGUCAUCCAUCCGCUUGCUGUCACGCUGGAUCAUAUUGCCAAGGAAGACUCUCAGACAGAAGAGAUAUCCAGUGCCCCAAAGAACUUUGCCAUCUAUGGGCUGAAAGAAGGCUUUGGAGAGAAGGGAGGUGCCUUCCUAGGGGAGUUUGUCUAUGAUCAGGAAGGGUUCCCUGUCCAAACAUUCAAGCUGGAGGUGUUGAAAGGUGAGAACACUAUGGACAGCAUCUGUGGCACCCCAUGACACUAUUACUCUAGAGGUCCUCAAAGGG